AUGGGUGACCGACGACGAGGCGGCUCCGACUACAUCUGGGACAUCAUAGUAUUCCUGGGCAUGACAGGUACCGCAUGGUUCCUGACCAAGAACAUCGUAUCGAGUCUCCAGUCUACCCUCGCCGACCCGGAGAAGGAGAAACACGAGCAAGCCAGAAUCAGAGCCAAGGCUAAUCUUCAAAGAUUACAAAAGUCCCGCCAGCUCGAAAAUGGCGACGACUUUGACGAAUCCGGCGACGGCACAAAAGCAGGGCCGCGCAUCGAAGAUUUACAACUGAAUGAGUAUGAAAAUAUGGUCGCACUCGAGGUCGUCGCCCCGGAAGAUAUACCUGUUGGCUUUGACGAUAUUGGUGGCCUCGAAGACAUCAUCGAGGAAGUCAAAGAGUCUGUUAUUUAUCCGUUGACGAUGCCACACCUGUACUCGCAAGGAGGAUCCUUACUCUCAGCACCAUCUGGUGUUUUGCUCUACGGGCCCCCGGGUUGCGGCAAGACUAUGCUUGCUAAAGCCGUUGCUCACGAGAGCGGUGCCUCCUUUAUCAAUCUGCAUAUUUCUACCCUGACGGAGAAGUGGUAUGGAGAUUCGAACAAACUCGUGCGCGCCGUUUUCUCUCUUGCCAGGAAGCUGCAGCCCGCCAUCAUCUUUAUUGAUGAGAUUGAUGCAGUGCUCGGCACGCGCCGAAGCGGCGAGCACGAGGCGAGCGGCAUGGUCAAGGCAGAAUUCAUGACUCUCUGGGAUGGCCUUACUUCUGCAAAUGCGCGUGGCACACCAGCCAGGAUAUGUGUUCUGGGCGCAACGAACCGUAUUCACGACAUUGACGAAGCCAUUUUGCGCAGAAUGCCAAAGAAGUUCCCCGUCGCAUUGCCAGACAAGAGUCAAAGAUUGAGAAUAUUACAGCUAAUUCUCAAGGACACCAAAACCGACCCGAACAAUUUCAAUGUCGACUACCUUGCCCGAAUCACACAGGGUAUGUCGGGAAGUGAUAUCAAGGAAGCCUGCAGAGACGCUGCCAUGGUGCCCGUCCGAGAGUACAUUCGUGAGCACAAAGCUAGCGGACAUUCUGUCUCGAGUAUCGAUCCUAAGCGUGUACGCGGAUUGCGAACUGAGGACUUCUUUGGCCGUAAGGGUGGAGGUCAGAUCCUCAUGAGGAAUCAUGCCCAAGCCAAGUCAUCUAGCGAUGAAUACGAGGAUGUGGACGAGGAGGAAGAAGUCCAAGAUGCAGUAAGAACGGCAUGA